AUGACUUCUAAACUGAAGGCAGUAAGAGCAGGACAGAGAAGUGCUGUAACCAGACUUCUAAAAAGACUGGACGAAGAAAAUGCAGAUGCAGAAGAAAUUGAGGCUAUUUUGGAGACAUUGACGGACAAACAAGAAAUUCUCAGAGAUCUGGAUGAAAAAAUUCUAACAGAAACAGCAGAGGAGGAUAUUGAGAGAGAAAUACUGGAAAUGUGUUGGAGUGGCAGUCAUUCUGGGAUUCAUAGCAACAACACAUUGACAGAAGUUCAAAAGUUUAAUUACUUAAAGUCUUUAGUAGCAGAAGAGGCAUCGAACACCAUUUCAGGAUUUGCACUCACACAUGCAAACUACAACAGAACGAUUGAGCUUCUACAUGAAAGGUUUGGACAAAAACACAAGAUAACUCAGUCUUACAUGCAAGCGCUCUUGGACCUACCCACUCCCAAGAAUAAUCUCACAAGCCUGCGUCAUUUUCAUGACCAAGUUGAGACAUACGUCAGAGGUUUAGAAUCCUACGGACAAGCUCAAGAUACAUAUGGUUCCCUUCUAGUACCUGUCAUUCUGAACAAAUUACCUACUGAAAUACGCAAGAAUUUGGCUCGUGAACAUGGUUCUACUGAUUGGUUAUUAGGUGAUUUGAGAAACAGUCUUUACAGGGAACUCGAAAUAUUAGAAGCUGGAGCAGGUAUUGAUGCAACAGAACCAAGCGCAACAUCAACUUUUUAUACCCAUUCAAAGGCCAGUCAUAAGCAAGUUCAACACAACUUCAGUCCGAGGAAACCCCAGGUAUGCUGUGCAUAUUGUAAGGAGACGCAUUAUUCAAAUGAUUGUGAAAAGUUCAAAAACUGCACUGACCGCAUGAGAAUUGUCAAACGAGACAAGUUAUGCUUUAACUGUUUGGGUCGACAUCGUGUUACAGACUGUCAAUCCAAAUCAAAUUGUAAAAUCUGCAAAAAACGACAUCACACAAGUUUGUGUUCAAAUCGCGAGGUAGUCAAAAGCAACAAGGAGAGUAUCCCUUCACUUCAAGCAAAAAAUACAGAAAGAGCAGAAACGUCAGUGAUGCAUUCAUCUUCACAUAGAGAUCAACCAAACGUUUUGUUACAAACUGCAGUUGCACCUGUCACAUCUGGAAAAAUGACAACUGAUGCUUAUAUUCUGUUUGAUGAAGGAGCUCAAAGAUCAUUUAUCUCUAGGAGUUUGGCUGACAAGAUAGAAUUAACACCAACAGGAUAUGAGAAUAUCAACAUUCUUGGAUUUGGAGAAUCAGGAAAAGAGAAAGGAGUUCAAAAGUUACAGACAGCUGUAGUCAAGGUCCAAACUAUACAGAGAGAAGAUAUACCUGUCAAAGUCUUAGUGGUCCCAGAGAUAGCAGCUCCAAUUAAAACGCAUGUAGAAAAUGCAGCAAAAUUAUCGUAUUUGAGGAAUUUGAGAUUGGCACAUCCUGUUGCACAAGAGGAGGCAUUCCAAAUUGAAUUACUUAUUGGAGCAGAUCAGUACUGGAAUUUGGUGGAGGAUAAGAUAAUUAGAGGAAAGGGUCCAACCGCCAUCAAAUCUAAACUUGGAUAUUUACUUUCUGGACCAUUAUAUGGAUCACAAUCCCAUGUACUUGAAUACAACACAUCAAUGAUGAAUGUUAUGGUGUCACACAAAAUGGAGGAACACAAUAUUGAGAAGUUUUGGCAGAUUGAGGCAAUUGGAACUGAGAAAGAGUAUGAGGAAUCAAGUAAUCAGAAUUUUCAGCUGUCAUAUGAGAAGGAUUCCAUACGAUUUCAAGGCAAUCGGUGUAAUCAUGUAAAGCUUCCAUGGAAAGAGGACCAUCCUGCAUUGCCCUUAAACAAAAAUAAAGCUUCCCGUAGAACAGUCGGUGUUAUAAAUCGCCUCAAACUGGAACCGGAAAUGCUGAUCAAAUAUGGGGAAAUAGUUGCUGAACAGGAAAAACGUGGAUUCAUAGAGAAGAUAGACAGCGAACUUCCAACAAAUCGUAAAGUUCACUUCAUACCGCAUUUUCCAGUAAAGAAGGAUUCAGCUACAACUCCUGUAAGGAUAGUAUACGAUUGUAGCUUGACAACAGACAUAGAAAAAGCAUUUUUAAAUGUAGGAUUAGAAGAGGAAGACCGAGACGUUACGAGAUUCUUCUGGUUUGAUGAACCUACAAAUCCUAACGGAACGUUAGUGGACUACAGAUUUAAAUCUAUUUUAUUCGGAGCUACUUGUUCCCCAUUCAUUUUGAAUGCUGUUCUGAUGAAGCAUUUAAAGGAGAACGCAUCAACAUGGACACAGAAGUUAACAGAAAAUCUUUAUGUUGACAACAUUAUUUCCAGUUUUCCAACAGAAAAUGAAUUAAUUUCAUUCUACAACUGCUCUCGCACUUUGUUUGCCAAAGCUGGAUUUAACCUUCGAUCAUGGGGAUCCAACAGUGAACUCCUACAAGAGCAUGCUAAGAAGGAUGGAGUAUUUGACAAGGACAGUGUCGUCAAAGUACUAGGAAUGAAAUGGAACGUCAAAGAGGAUAUUCUAACCUUUGCAAAAACAAGAAAUAGCCAACACAGGAAGAAACAGUUUGACAAAGAGAGAAGUGCUAAAACAAUCUUCAAAAAUAUAUGA